CUAAAGAGUACAGUUUGUUAUUCUAUUUUCUAGAUUCUAGAAUUUGAGAUUUAACCAAGUGAAAUAAAACAAGAAUGCCUAAGAGUAAGGGAGGGAAGAAGAAGCGUAUGGGUGGUAUUCUAGCAGGAAGAAUAGGCAAGGUCAAAGGCGACAAAGGAUACAAUGGGAGAGGUCUACUACCAAUCGAUUGGUCUCAGGUAGAAUUGACGACCAUCCCAAGGGAUCUCUACAAGGAACAUACCAAAACAGCUUCCCGAUCGUACGAAGAGAUCCAAAACUAUCGUAAAAGCAAUGAAAUCACUGUCAAGAACCCUUGUCCCAAUCCAAUUCUAUCGUUUGACGAGGUACAGUUCCCCGACCACUGUAUGGCCGAGAUACGCCGGCAACAGUACUCGGUGCCCACUCCAAUUCAGGCCCAAGCCUGGCCGAUAGCCCUGAGCGGUGUGAACAUGGUUGGGAUUGCAAAGACCGGCUCCGGGAAGACGUUGGCUUUCUUGUUGCCUGCCAUUGUUCAAAUCCACGCUCAGGAACCUGUGAGGCCUGGCGAUGGUCCGGUGGCGCUCGUUUUGGCGCCCACUCGGGAGUUAGCGCAACAAAUUCAGACUGUGGCUGAUCAGUUUGGUUUGGAGGGGCGUGUGAGGAACACUUGCGCCUAUGGAGGAAGUAAAAAGCCGCGUCAAGCUGCAAAGCUUCAGAAUGGUGUCGAAAUCGUCAUCGCAACUCCUGGACGUCUCAUCGAUUUUCUGCAGGAAAAAACCACCAAUUUGGCUCGCUGCACAUUCCUUGUUCUGGACGAAGCUGACCGGAUGCUGGACAUGGGCUUUGAGCCUCAAAUCAGGCGAAUAAUGAGUCAGAUUCGUCCCGAUCGUCAGAUCCUCAUGUUUAGUGCCACAUGGCCAAAGGAGGUCCGGCAAUUGGCAGAGGAUUUCCUCGGCAACUACAUGCAAAUCAACAUUGGAUCCCUUGGCUUGUCGGCCAACCAUAACAUAAAGCAACAUGUUGAAGUGGUCAAUGAGAUAGACAAGGAAGGCAGGCUUAGUCAGCUUCUGGCUGAAAUCUACGAAAAGGACAGAAAUCCGGGAAAAAUAAUCAUUUUUGGGGGCACAAAGAAGAGAGUGGACAGAGUAUGCAAGAAAAUAGCUGCAUGUGAACUGAAUUGUCGAGCCAUCCAUGGAAGCAAAGCACAGACAGAGCGCGAUCUUACGUUGAACUCCUUCAGACAAGGUAAACUCAACAUCCUAGUGGCUACGGACGUGGCUGGUCGUGGUUUAGACGUUGAUGGCAUAAAAUACGUAAUAAACUAUGACUUUCCGCAAUCGUCCGAGGAUUAUGUCCAUCGGAUUGGACGUACAGGACGCAAGGACGCUACUGGCACCGCCUACACUUUCUUUAGCAAGAAGAACGUCAAGAGCGCAAAUGAUCUCAUUAAGGUAUUGCGCGAAUCAAAUCAAGAAGUGUGUCCGGAACUUUUGGCACUGGCGGCUGGAGGAGUGAGAGCCGCGUUGGAGGAAAUCAAUCCUAAGAAAAUAAUUGGUCUCAUUCCAAAGCGUAAAGUUGGCAUUGGUUUCGGCGCUGGGGGCCGCGAGAUAAGUAGGCGCUUAAGAAAACGAAUGGCUGCUGAAAUGAGCGGAUCCAAAGCUGGGAACCUGACCAUGACUAUAGACAACAGAAGACCCGGAUCCUCUAAUGGAGAAUCGGAAGAUGUAGGUUUUGGAGGCAGAGGUGGUGGUACAGGAUUUGGGUCUGCUGCUCCUGUUGAAAGUGCCAUGUCCCGACCUAGUGCGUCCUUCGGUGCAAGAGGUGGCGGCUCGGGAUUUGGGUCUGUGGCUCCUGUUGAAAGUGAUAUGUCCCGAUCUAGCGCAUCCUUCGUUGCAAGAGGUGGCGGCUCAGGAUUUGGGUCUGCGGCUCCUGUUGAAAGUGCCAUGUCCCGAACUAGUGCGUCCUUCGGUGCAAGAGGUGGCGGCUCAGGAUUUGGGUCUGCGGCUCCUGUUGAAAGUGCCAUGUCCCGGAAUAGUGCGUCCUUCGGUGCAAGAGGUGGCGGCUCGGGAUUUGGGUCUGCGGCUCCUGUUGAAAGAGCCAUGUCCCGGAAUAGUGCGUCCUUCGGUGCAAGAGGUGGCGGCUCGGGAUUUGGGUCUGCGGCUCCUGUUGAAAGUGAUAUGUCCCGAUCUAGCGCAUCCUUCGUUGCAAGAGGUGGCGGCUCAGGAUUUGGGUCUGCGGCUCCUGUUGAAAGUGCUAUGUCCCGAUCUAGUGCAUCCUUCGUUGCAAGAGGUGGUGGUUCAGGAUUUGGGUCUGAUGCUCCUAUUGAAAGUGCCAUGUCCCGAACUAGUGCAUCCUUUGGUGCAAGAGGUGGAGGCUCAGGAUUUGGGUCUACUGCUCCUUCUGAAAGUGGCACGGCCCAUAAUAGUGCAUCCUUUAGUGCAAGGGGUGGCAGCUCAGGAUUUAGCACUGCGCCUUCGGGUGGAAGUGGUAGUACUGCUUUCAGUGCAAGAGGUGGCGGCUCAGGAUUCGGGUCAGCACAACCCAGUUCUAGGGACGCUGCUCCCAGAUCAGACUACCGCAACGUAUCCCCUAGAAGGGGAAGCGGAUUUGAAAGUAGAGGCGGUGGCAAUGGGUUUGGCGACCGAGGAAACGGUAGAGCUAUGAGCAUUGAAAACGACAGAUCAGGUUCAGGUUUUGCAUCCAGAGGAAAUGGCAUGGGCUUCGGUGAAGUUGAAAGCAUGAACGAACCAAAACAGCCAGAACUAUCAUUGGACAAUGAAAUCAUAAACACCAUAUUGGCAGCAGUAAAUGCCAAAGGGGGAGUAUCCAAGGCCAUCCUGGAUCUUAAAGGAGGUGGAGGUUCUCACAGUCGGGGAGGUCCAUCAAGUUUUGGUGACGGAGAUGAGGCGUUUGGUCGCAACGUCGAUGGGGAAUUCGGCCGAGAACGACGAAGAAAUGACGACAAUCUCGGAGGCAAUGUCGACCGUGGCUUCGGUGGUCGCGAUAGGGACAGUUUCAGCUAUAAAGGCGAUGGCGGAUACGGUGGUAGAGAUGACGAUUUUAACAGGCGGGACGGCGAAAGAUUCCGUCAGGGUGACAACGAUGGAUUCGACAUCAAGCAUGGCGGUAGCUCUGUGGACAGAGACGACUUUAGGAGGAGAAAUGACAGCGCCUUUGGAGGGGGACGAAACGAAGCGUUCGGAAUGUCAGACGAUGGUGAUUACGGGAGAUUCAAUAACCGCGAAGACGGUGGAUUUGGGGCAGGCGGCGACAGUGGCAUCGGAAGCCGGUAUGAAGGUGGAUUCGGCGGUAGAGGUGACGGUGGUAUUCGUAAUAGGCAAGAAGGAAUUGGUAACCGUGGUGAGGGUGGUUUCGGCUACAGAGGCGAUGGCGGCUUCAGCGAGAGAGCCAACAGAAGUGAGAUGACAUACGGUGGCUCUCAUCGACAGAGUGAUAUAUUUUCCCGAAGAGUUGAGAAUCCGAGACCAACGGAAAACUUUGGUGAUUUCGAAAGGAACGAGCGCUACAGUAGUUUUAAUGAUCGUGGAAUGAGUUCACGGUAUGGCAGAUAUUAAUUUAAAACAAAAAAAUAAUAAUUAAAUGAAUGCUACAUAGAUAUAUAUUUAAAAUAUACUUUAAUGAAUUAAAUUCCAUCAUUCUUUAUAUUGCAUCACAUUUGGAGUUCUAGAAUUGUUUUGAGAUGCGAUUUUGAAGUUUUAUUGCUAUAAUAUAAAAAAUGUGCGCUAAGUCUUUGAAUUACUAAAAAUGAUAAUUUAAUAAACUAAACAGGUUUUAACUGUUAAUUA